AUGAGGGACUGUCCCGAAUACACAGGUAGUAGAAGCGGCAGCAACAGCCCACAUAAUGUGACCCAAUUCUGUGCAAAAGGAGGAGCAAUCAUCCGAAUAGCCGAGGGGGGCCAGAGACAGCGCCCCCCCCAGGGAGUCGUGCUAUUAACGCAACGUUUAAUAUUCAGGAGAGAAGUGCUGAUAUUGACACCAGAUCUUAUACCCACCACUUCUACUUUGGUAGCUUCAAUCAGGGGACCAAUAAUCAAGACUCAAAGAAGGAGAAAGAUUAGAGACAAUACAGAACCAAACAAUUGA